AUGUACGGUAACGUAGGUCUUUCUACACCUCGUGGAUCUGGAACGAACGGUUAUGUCGUUCGUAAUCUUUCAUAUAUUAAGACACGUAGAGACAAUGUUCAAUAUGAGUCAUUGGAUGAAAUCAAAUCCAAAUCCUCUUCAUUAUUGAACCGUAAACCGAAUAAAGAUAUUUUAAAGCAUGAGAAGAAGAGACAAGUUGAGAUUAAGUGUAUUGACUUACGACAGCAACUUGAAGCGGCUGGACAAACUGAAGAAGAAAUUGAAGAUCGAGUAAAUGCUUUUCGUAAUGCAUUGCUCUCAGCAGUCGAUGCUGUUAAAGAUGAUAAAAACAUACAGGAACAUCAAGUACAUCAACUUAGCCAAGCGAAGGCUGUCGAAAAUGAAAAGAUGAUGAAAGCCUUAGGCAUUAAAUCAAAUAAUUAUGUGGAGGGUGCUUCUUUUGAUCGUGAGUUACAGGCACAAAAAAAGCUUGAACGUGCCGCACAAAGAGAGAAAGAGAUAGAUGAACGUCAAAAAAGGAAAGAAACAGAAGAGCGUCAGAAAAGAAAAGCGGAACGUGACCAAGAGAUUAGAGAUCAAGAAAAAAAACAAAAAAAACGGUCUAAAUUAAAGGAUUAA